UCUAUUUAUGCAGGCAGCCAUAACUUUCCUGGUUUUACAACAAUAGUGUUGCAAAUAUUUCUAACUUUUCGAGCAGACUUUUGAUUUAAAAAUGGGUUUCGAAACUUGUGGUCCCAAUGAAGUGAUGGUUGUUUCAGGAUGUUGCCACGUGCGCUCCGUGUUCAUUCCUGGUGGUCGCGUCUUUGUCUGGCCUGGAAUCCAGAAGCUGCAGAGAAUGAGCUUGAACACAAUGACGCUCACUAUUGAAAGCCCUCAGGUGUAUACCAAACAGGGUGUCUCAAUAUCUGUGACUGGCAUAGCGCAAGUCAAAGUUCAAGGCAACAAUGACAAACUUCUUCAAGCCGCCUGUGAACUAUUUUUGGGAAAGUCUGAAAAAGACAUCAGGAAAGUUGCACAAGAGACCCUGGAGGGUCAUCAGCGAGCUAUCAUGGGCAACAUGACCGUUGAGGAAAUUUACAAAGAUCGGAAGAAGUUCUCUAAAGCUGUUUUCGAAGUUGCUUCAUCAGACUUGGUCAACAUGGGCAUCUAUGUGGUCAGUUACACUCUGAAGGACAUCAGAGAUGAAGAGGGUUACCUGAUGUCUUUAGGCAAAAAAAGAACAGAGGAAGUUAAGAGAGAUGCUCGCAUCGGUGAAGCCGAGGCUAAGAAAGACUCUGGCAUUAAGGAAGCAAUUGCAGAAGAGAAACGCAUGCAGUCCAGGUAUGUCAACGACAUUGAGAUAGCCAAGUCCCAGAGAGACUUUGAGCUGAAGAAAGCGGCCUAUGACAUGGAGGUUCAGACUAAGAAGGCCCAGGCUGAUUUGGCUUACCAGCUACAGGCUGCCAAGACAAAACAAAGGAUCAGAGAGGAGAACAUGCAGGUGAUUGUCAUUGAAAGGGCCCAACAAAUUCAGGUCCAGGAGCAGGAGAUCACAAGAAGGGAGAGGGAGCUGGACGCUCAGGUCAGGAAACCUGCCGAGGCUGAGAAGUUCAGGCUGGAGAAGUUGGCUGAGGCAAACAGGGACAGGAUUGUGAUGGAGGCUGAGGCAGAGGCUGAGGCCAUCAAGUUGAAAGGUGAAGCUGAGGCUUUUGCUAUUGAAGCCAGGGCUAAGGCUGAGGCAGAGCAGAUGGCUAAGAAGGCUGACGCCUGGAAGGAUUACCAGGAUGCUGCCAUGAUUGACAUGGUUCUGGAGAUGCUCCCUAAGAUUGCAGCUGAGGUGGCCGCCCCACUGACCAAUGCCAAGAAGGUGACAAUGGUCUCAAGCGGCAAGGGAGAUGUUGGUGCCCUCAAGCUGACCAGUGAGGUCAUGAGCAUCAUGGAGAAGCUGCCCAGUGUUGUUGAGAAUCUAACUGGCAUCAGCAUUGCUAAGUCCAUGAAAUCCACAUCAAGAAAAUAAAUGAGGUGUUGACAGCCACACCCACUGUAUGCCCUAGGCUCAGCAAUAUUCUUCCCACCACACACAUCUGUAGUCAACAACAGAAAGAGCUGUCUUGAUAAAUUUCUAUGAUCCAGCUGUCACAGAGUAGUGAAAAUAUGUAACAAAUAUUAAGUCAUAGUUGUAGUUUUUGUCUGUCAUACUUGCAUGAAAUAACUUUGUAGUUAAGGGUUGAAUUUCAAGUUUGACAAAAAAAAAGUUAAAAAAUUAAUGUAUGACCACCCUCUAUUUAAUAUUUCCUUUUGAAGAUUUUUUAAUCUUGUAAUCGACUUUGAUGGUAUAUUUUUGAACCUAUAACUCUAUCAUUACAUUAAUAACAAUCUUUUAAAUAACAUUGCAUCAAAUUAAAUCACUUAACAAAUGUAAAAACCUUUUCUUUCCAUGCUUUGUUACUAAUGUAUUCUUAUAUUUAGUUCCCUUCCCAUUUUUUAUUUUACUCCAUCUAUUACUAGUUUUUUUGUUUGUUUCAUAACCAGUGUAAUGACUUUAUGUUUGCUAUGUAAAAAGCUUUAACAAAUUUUUUUUAAUAUAUUAAAAUGUGAUAAAUGGUUGUACCUUAUAAAGAUGUUUUUUUAUAGUUGGAUAAUUUAUUUUAAAACGUCAUUUCAAUGUGUUGUAUUUUUCGGUUGGCUUUUACAAACUGGACUACAAGAAAUGUUUACAUUUUAAAAAUAACUCUAUUGAGUGUUUAAAAUUGUUCUUUUAACCAUUAGGUAACUUGUUUUUUUUUUCAGCUGGAGAUCACAUUUAAAAAAAAAAUCAGUACACUAUUGAAUUUAAAGAAAAAAAAAGUAAAUUAUUUUCUGUUUAAACAGAGGGGGCUGUUAAAAGAAAUAGAUUUGUUUUAGACCCAAUGUUUUAGCCUGAGUAUUACAACUCUGAUAGAAGGCAGCUUAGUUUUCAUCUCUCUCUGUAUAAAGUUUCAUUUUUUUUUUUCUUAAUCAUUUGUUGUACAGAUAUUGUCUUUUUAAAAUUUCUUCUUCAUCCCACACUUAUAUAUGUACAUUUGCUUUAAAUUAUUUUCAUUAAAUCUUGUCAUAACACAUCUAAGUAGAUUUUUUUUUUAACUGGUGAGAUUAUAGUUUUGAGUUUUCAAUGGAUAUAAUUGUGCUUUACUGUGUCCAUCAAAUUAUAAAAAGCUACUCAGAAGUUUUAGAAAUAUAUCCUGAUCAAUUUUUACUUGAACACUUGUGGUCUAUUUGAUAUGUUAUAAAACUUUCUUUUCCAUUCAAGCCUUUAAUUGCCUUUUUCAUUUUAAUAUCAUUAAAUAUUCAUUGCAUUAAUCAUCAGUACUGUUAUGAUUUUUUGAUAAUAAUCAUUUGUAGAUGUUUUUCUCUAAAAUGAAUGUGUUUCGAUUUCAAAUGAUUAAUUGUAAUUAUAUUUUCUUUUGCGUCCUGUAUCUUUAUUUUAACCGCCAUUUCUAUUAUGUAACAAGUUUUUAUUUUUAAAAAAAAUGAAUAUUCAAAGUAUUAAAAUCAAUAGGUUUUUUUUUUUCAAUACUCUACAUGUAGAUUUACAAACUUCAACAUGGUAGGUUUUCAUAGAUUGUUCGGCAGUCACUGAAUCUCAGACAUUGUGCAAUAUCUCCUUAGGAAAUUUUUAAAAAUCUGUUGCGUUGUGGGAAAUGUUUAUUUGAAGUGGAGGAUGAGGUGGCUAAAAGGGGUUGAUGUGGAGGCCACAGUGUGUCUUGUCUGUUAUUUUUCUGUGUUAUUGUCCUGUGUGUUUUAUGUACUUGGAGACAA